GCUCGCCUCACAACUAGAUUCUUGUCGCUUCAAAUCGCCAAGAUGCCUCGAAAGUGGAUCGACAAAAAGUCAGCACAGCACUUUACGCUGGUGCACCGACCGCAGAAUGACCCCCUCAUCCACGACGAAAAUGCGCCUUCAAUGGUGCUUAACCCUACCCAGACCAAGAAAGGAUCUUCCAAGUCAAAGGACCUAGACGACCUCGCCUCCGAGCUCGGCUAUGAGGCCGAGGGCGUCCGCGCGAACGAGGGUGAGGCAGCCAGCUAUGGUGUCUACUACGAUGACACCGAAUACGAUUACAUGCAACAUCUGCGCGAUCUCAACACUGGUGGCGGAGAGGUUGUGUUUGUUGAGUCGUCAGCAUCCGCAAACAAGGGCAAGGGAAAGCAGAAGCAGUCGCUCGAGGAUGCGCUGAAGAAGAUGGAUAUUGAGCAAAGUGCAGAAGACAUUCUCGACGAAGAUAUGUUGCCGUCCAAGAACCUUACAAGAGCCACAUAUGAGGCCCAGCAGGACAUUCCUGAUUCCCUCAAGGGAUUCCAGCCUGAUAUGGACCCUCGUCUCCGAGAAGUUCUCGAGGCUCUGGAAGAUGACGCAUUCGUGGAUGAAGACGAUGACAUCUUCAAGGAGCUGGCCAAGGAUGGCCGAGAGCUAGAAGACUACGAAUUCGAUGAGGCAGGAUUUGACGAGGACGAUGGCUGGGAGUCGGAUGCCACAGCAAAGCCUACUAAGGAGUUCAAGGACGACGAUGUGCCCCAGCUUGUGAAGCAGAUGGAACAGCCCGAAGAGGGCCCCUCUCAAGACUGGCUCGAGGAUUUCAAGCAGUUCAAGAAGGAGCAGAAGGUCACCAAAGCACCAGUUGCGCCAUCACAGUCCGAGAUGCAGUCGAUGUGGACAACUACCACCAACGGUGGCCGCCGCAAGAAAAGAAAGGGUGCCCUUACCGACAACUCAAGUUACUCCAUGACAUCCUCUUCGUUAGUGCGAACUGAGCAGAUGACUCUCUUGGACGCAAGAUUCGACAAGAUUGAGGAGGCAUACAAUGAGGACAUGGACGAUGACAUGCAGUCAGUUUCUGCUGUGUCUACCAUGUCAACCGUUCAGGGGCCCCUCCGCAGUGACUUUGAUGGCAUUAUGGAUGAUUUCCUUGGAAACUUUACCAAGCCUGGAAAGAGAACGAACAAGAAGAACAAGGCUCAAACAGGCCUUGAGCAACUGGAUGAGAUCCGACAGGGAUUGGGACCUGCUCGAAUUCGAGGUCGUGUAAGGUAAAUGACGAUUCAAUACGAAAUAGAUAGAACAGAUCAGAUCAUCGGGUGAAUCUGUAUGGGACACAAAAAAGGAGUUUAGGAGUAACCAUUACCAAUGAAACAUUUAAAUUUUCUUCUUUAAUUGAUAUUUCCAUGCCGCUAUUGCGAAGUGCUCAAAUGUCUCAUCCUUUCUCAUUGUCCUAUUAAUGCACGUCACGUGUUGAGUGGGCCAUGUUGGACGAAAGCUCCCCAGAAUGGGAGCUAGCUUGAUGGGCUCAAUUCUACCUCGAGCAUUC